AUGCCCCGAGCAGGCGACAUAGAAGAGGCCAUUUCACCGCAUGGUAAUUCCCGUUCUCGAGAGCCCUCGUCUCAUUCCCAACGUCGCCGCCAGCCACCCCCCUCCUCCUGUCUCCCGCCAUUCUUCAAAAGCCCACAAUAUGGGUCUCAACCUCCUCACAAUGCUCAGCCAGCAGCAACGGAUAUCGAGCCGGCCGAUGAGCGGCCCUACAUGAUACUUCUUGGUAUGAAGGUGCCGUUCGGGUGGUGGGCGGUUCCACUAGUCGACAAUAAUCAUAGCGACGCCCGCGACCACUGCGCCAACGAGCGUACCUUUCUCUCAUACCUGCGCCUCAGCAUGUACAUGUGCAUCGUAGCCGUCGCCAUCGUCGUCUCCUUCCACCUGAAAGUCCAGCCGACAGACCUCGAGCUGCGUAUGGCCCGGCCUCUAGGCAUCGCGUUCUGGUGUUUGAGCGUCGUGUGCCUGGUUAUGGGUAUGGGUAAUUAUAUGAAGACGGUCAAGAAGUAUUCUCAACGGGUGGCGAUCGUGCAAUCAGGAUGGAAGACUCAAUCGGUUUGUACCCCGCAUAUGAUUCCCCCCUCGUUUCCCUUCCCACCUUUCUAUCUAGAUUGA